GCGCGUCAGACGGCGUCACUAGGAGGCGAGGCAGAUGACAACCCAGCACGCGCGCGAGGUCCGCACGGAGCUGGGCCCGCGAGUCCCCAGGGCUUCACCGGGAAAUGACAUCGGCCCAGGGGCCCGCGGGUGGGUGUGACUUCGGGAGGGGGACAACUUUCUUGAAAGCGACAACAGGUGAUGGAGCUGCAAGAGCUCGCAGGCUAAGCCGCCACUCAAAACCGGAAGAACACGUCGGCAGGAGCCUGCGCCUCGCGCGCCGGAAAAGGCAGGGCCCGAACGAGAUGAGCAGACCAAGCUUAAGUGGCUUGAUAACUGCACACAGAUGGCGGGCACCUGGGAUCGAGGCCCAGCUUUGGCCACCACGCCUGUUCCUGGAGAAGCGAAACUGAGCCAUGGGAAUUCAAGGCCUGGCCAAACUGAUCGCCGAUGUGGCCCCCAGUGCCAUCCGGGAGAAUGACAUCAAGAGCUACUUUGGCCGCAAGGUGGCCAUCGAUGCCUCCAUGAGCAUCUACCAGUUCCUGAUCGCUGUUCGCCAGGGAGGAGAAACACUGCAGAGCGAGGAGGGUGAGACCACCAGCCACCUGAUGGGCAUGUUCUACCGCACCAUCCGCAUGAUGGAGCACGGCAUCAAGCCCGUGUACGUCUUCGAUGGCAAACCACCACAGCUCAAGUCGGGCGAGCUGGCCAAGCGCAGUGAGCGGCGGGCCGAGGCCGAGAAGCAGCUGCAGCAGGCCCAGGCUGCCGGGGCGGAGGAAGAGGUGGAAAAGUUCACCAAGCGGCUGGUGAAGGUCACAAAGCAGCACAACGAUGAGUGCAAGCAUCUGCUGAGCCUCAUGGGCAUCCCGUACCUCGAUGCCCCCAGCGAGGCGGAGGCCAGCUGUGCUGCCCUGGUGAAGGCUGGCAAAGUCUAUGCCGCGGCCACCGAGGACAUGGACUGCCUCACCUUCGGCAGCCCUGUGCUCAUGCGACACCUGACUGCCAGCGAGGCCAGGAAGCUGCCCAUCCAGGAGUUCCACCUGAGCCGCAUCCUGCAGGCGCUGAACCUGACCCAGGAGCAGUUCGUGGAUCUGUGCAUCCUGCUGGGCAGUGACUACUGCGAGAGCAUCCGGGGCAUCGGGCCCAAGCGGGCCGUGGACCUCAUCCAGAAGCACAAGAGCAUCGAGGAGAUCGUGCGGCGGCUCGACCCCAGCAAGUACCCCGUGCCGGAGAACUGGCUGCACAAGGAGGCACAGCAGCUCUUCCUGGAGCCUGAGGUGCUGGACCCCGAGUCUGUGGAGCUGAAGUGGAGUGAGCCCAACGAGGAGGAGCUGGUCAAGUUCCUGUGUGGCGAGAAGCAGUUCUCUGAGGAGCGGAUCCGUGGCGGGGUCCGCCGGCUGAGCAAGAGCCGCCAGGGCAGCACUCAGGGCCGCCUGGAUGACUUCUUCAAGGUGACCGGCUCGCUGUCUUCAGCCAAGCGCAAGGAACCAGGGCCCAAGGGGUCAGCGAAGAAGAAGGCGAAGACGGGGGCGGCGGGGAAGUUCAAAGGAAGGAAGUAAACCCGCCGUGCCCCUUGUCCCCACGGAAGCCUGAGCCCGGCAAGGCCGCGGGGUGGGGUGGGGUGGGGUGGGGGCGCUCCACCCUUCUCAGUGGUGCUUCCCUUUCACUUGGUGUUGGUGGGAAGGCAGGAAGCCCACGGAGCUGCUGCUUCCUCUUGUAGCUCAGGAAAGUGUUGGGCUCAAAGCACUGCUCAGGCAGGGUGGAGGACAGGUGACAGUGACAGCAGGAAGAGGGACGGGAGUGGCGGGGACCAGAUGGCAGGGAAUGGUUUCCUGUCUGGGCAGCCCAGGCAGAGCCACACUGCUCUUCCCAGCCCGGCCGGACCCACGGGGGCAGGGAAGCGCUCCUGAGAGCAGGAAGCCCUGCGGUUGGCAGUAGGGUUUGACCACUGGGUGCUCUUGAGGUGAAAACAUGAACAUGCUAUGUGAUGCGUUAUUCAGAGGCGUAAGUUGGCGAGCUCUUGCAGCCAGGAUUAACACUGGUGUCUUACGCUGUUUUUGUUCUAAAGAUAUGAACGGGGGGAAAAAAUCAAUAAAAUAGUGAAAGUGUC